AUGGCUGCGAUUUACAUCAAGAACCGCCUACCGUCACCCAAGAUCGACCACAAGACUCCGUUCGAGAUCGUGUACAAGUCGAAACCAAGUGUCAAGCACAUGCGCGUGUUUGGAUGUCGGGCGUUUAUCCUGACACCAAGGGAGAAGCGAUUGAAGUGGGACCCGAAGGCUCGUGCAGGUGUGUUCAUGGGAUACGAAGAAGUAUCAAAAGCGUAUCGAGUUUACGACCUCGAUACAGGACAAGUGGUCAUCAGUCGCGAUGUCAACUUUGACGAGUCCGCCUUUGGACUUUCGCCGCUAACCACCACUGAAGACGCCGAUGACAUUGACUUCGACUCCCUCGAUCUGGAUGAUGAAGCGACAGGUCAAGCGCAGUACAAGCAAACAGGCAAGCACAAGAGUCGUCCUCAUGAUGAAGGAGUACCAGAUCCACCCACGCGCACAAUGCGUCAACGGCCUGGACUAGAAGAAUCAAGUGCGCCAGACAAUCACACGACCCACCGAGAAGAAGAUGAAGAAACAAAGAAUGCUGAUGCAUCGACUCCGCCUGUGUUUUGGCGUGCGAGUGCGAACGCCAUCGAAACGGCAGUAGACUUAUCCGAGCCAUCGACUUUUGAAGCUGCGGUGAGCGGUCCUGAUCAAGUGCAUUGGCGCGAAGCUAUCCGUACGGAACUUGAGUCGAUGCGACUUCGUGAAGUACUCCGCGCAGCCAAACUACCUAAAGGACAUUGCGCCAUUGGCACGAAGUGUGUCUUCAAGAUCAAGCGCAAAGCGGACGGAUCAAUUGACAAGUACAAGGCGCGUCUUGUGGCAAAGGGUUUCAAGCAACAAUAUGGGAUGGACUACACGGAAACAUUCUCGCCCGUCGUCAAGUACGUGACGCUGCGCAUGGUGAUUGCAGUCGCCAAUUAUUUCGGAUGGACCAUCGACCAACUCGACGUGGUGACGGCAUUCCUGUAUGGUGUCAUGAAGGAACAAGUGUUCUGCGUCAUCCCUGAAGGCGUGGAAUUGGAGGGCUCCUUCGAUUAUCUGGAGUUGGUGAAGGCAAUCUACGGACUCAAGCAAGCGUCGCGCGUAUGGAACGAAACGUUUGACGAGUUCGUGUGUGCUAUUGGAUUUCAAGCGUCAAGCCUUGACCCGUGUCUCUACGAAAGGAUUGUGGAAGGGCAAUGA